AUGCGUGUGGUGCAACUCCCUGCGCUGGGUGAGCCUGCGGAGCUUCCAUGCGCUAGUCCAUUGCGCGCGUAUGAAAACAACGCACAGAUACGCAAGUUUACGCGGAGUCAUACUCUUGGCGCUCAGACGAACAACGCGUCUGUCUCUGCGCCGACAGAAAAAUUAGCGUAUACAUCGUCGCCGCCGUCGGGACCUCUGCCGCCCUAUGCUUCGCUUUCUAAUAAUGUCGAGCAGGAUAUGGGAAAAUUAUUUAAGGCGGUCUCUGAGGCGCGCCGCAUAACGGUCGUGUGCGGUGCCGGCAUUUCCGUGUCGUCUCCCGCAAACAUCCCCGACUUUCGGUCUGCGACUGGCCUGUUCCAAAAGCUAAAGGGGCGUUAUCCAGAUGCGGGACUUUCCAGCGGAAAAGAUUUGUUUGACGCGCGUUUAUUUGGCUCCGAGAGUGCUACUUCGCUAUUCUACACCAUGAUGGCAGAGCUGAAAGACAUGGCGGAUGCAGCGCAGCCGACCGUGUUUCAUCACCUACUUAAGCGACUCGACAGUGAAGGGCGUUUGCAGCGUGUGUAUACACAGAAUAUCGAUGGGCUGGAAGAAAAGGUGGGACUUACCUUUGGCCUUGGCGAUGCGUCUUCACCAUGCGAUACUAGCGUCCGAGACAAACGACGAAAAAUAUUUUCCCCAAACAAGGGGCGCACCUUUGGGCGUGCGCAAUCUGAUUCCGUGCUUCUCGCACGGUCGGGCCCAAGCGAGAAGGAAAACAAGCCCUUGUUUCCGCGCGCGAUCCCAUUGCACGGGAGUUUGUCGACGCUCAGCUGCCUCUUGUGCUCCAAUACACUUGUGCUAGACAAGGAGUAUGACGAUCGUGCCGGUGAUGCAUUGUCGCGGAUGCGGUCUGGGGAGCCGGUAUGGUGCGACGAGUGCCAGGCCUCGGAAAAUUUGCGUGCCGCAGCGGGACUGCGCCCUCGUGGUGUUGGUCGCAUGAAAGUGGAUGUUGUGUUGUACAAUGGUAUGAAUGAGAGUGCGGAACAGGUGGGCGCGUGUGUGGAGCGGGAUAUCCUUGGGCUGCGCGAUCCGAAUGAGCCGAGUGUUCCCGGAUCCGUUGCAGAAGCGCGUGCACGAUUAUGCAAAGAGUACAUGCAAGAUGAAUCUAAGGAAGAGGAUGUGGGCGACUUGUCCAUGAAUGCAGACGAAAUGAACGCCGAAAAUGUGCUCGGAGGCGCCUUCAAUGAGGACGAAGAGGACGGCGCAAAGAAUGUAUUUUUGGAUGCACGACCCGAGCCUGUGCCGACUCCACAGCCCAUUAAACCGCGGCGCACACGGCUCAAGCCUCUCCCACCCGACCUCCUCAUUGUUGCAGGCACAAGUCUCAAAGUCCCUGGGACAAAACGGAUCGUGCGCGAAUUCGCCAAGGCGUGCCGUGCGCGAGACGAUGCGAUUCCCGAGGAAAAGUCCAGCCCCCGCCCCAUCCGCACUGUAUACUUAAAUUACGACUAUCCCCAAGCCGCGCGUGAAUGGGAUGGCGUGUUUGAUGUGUGGAUUCAAGGAGAUGUUCAGCAAUCUGCGUUGGGGCUUUGCUCUCCACUAGGUACGACUACAUGCAGCCCUGCGGAAGCCUUUAUCCAGCGUCAUUCCUGGCAUGAACACAUGCAGCGCAACGAACGCAUUUUCACGCAUCCGCCGAAACCAUCCGCACGCCCCCCUCCCGCUGCCAAGACCACAAGCAAGCACCGCCUCGGCAUGCGCUCUUCCAAGCUCAGUACCAAACCUCUAUAG